CAUCAAAGCACAAUAUAAAUUGUCAUUUUUAUCGCCAGACUCCACACUUGAAGCUGAUACCUCGAUCCGAGAUGCUGUCCCGGACGAAGCUGCAGACGCCAGCAGCCCGUCGUGGCUUCCACUCCAUCAUGAGCUCGUUGGUUCCCAUGGUACUGGAGCAGUCACCGCGGGGAGAGCGCGUAUUCGACAUUUACUCGCGGCUGCUCAAAGAGCGCAUCGUGUUCGUGCACGGACCGGUAAACGAUGACAUGGCGUCGCUCGUGACGGCGCAGCUGCUGUUCCUCGAGUCGGAGAACCCCGAGAAGGACGUGUACAUGUACAUUAAUAGCCCCGGGGGCAUCGUGAGCUCCGGUCUGGCCAUCUACGACACCAUGCAGUACAUCCAGCCCAAGGUCAACACGCUCUGCAUGGGUCAGGCCGCCUCUAUGGGCUCGCUGCUGCUGGCAGGAGGCGCCCCCGGAUGUCGGUCGGCACUGCCUAACGCCCGUAUUAUGAUUCACCAACCUUCGGGAGGAGCGCAGGGAAUGGCGAGUGACAUCGCUAUCCAGGCCGAAGAAAUCAUCAAGCUCCGAACCAGAUUGAAUGGGUUGUAUGCGUCCCACACGGGAAAACCCCUCAAGGUGAUCGAGCAGGCGAUGGAUCGCGAUCUGUUCAUGGACCCGCGGGAGGCACAGGAGUUUGGCAUCAUCGACUCCAUCAUUUCAAACCGGAAGACGCCGCAGUCGUCAGGCAAGCAGUAACGACCUAGAACUGCCAGAAAAGGAGAACUUCCGAGAGAAGAGAACAAUUUAGCGCCCUCUGCAUUCCCUGCUCCUCUGAACUCUACAACUCUGCGUUCCCUGUUUGUGUCGAAAUUCUGUUAUUUUGUGUGCUGUUAUCUGAGCUCGAUGGACUGGACCAGCAGCUAGACAGCAGUACACGACAUCCACCGCUGCCCUUCUACUGUUCCAACUCCACUCUACAACGUCUGAUAGCACUUUGUCUGCAUCUUACUCGUCCAUCUCUCCAUCAGGCUCGUUAGCCUCGCCCAAUUCCCAUUUGAGGUCGGGCAGGUGGUUGCCACGCUUCGACUGCACACAAUAACAACAAUAAUAACAGUGUUAGUUGACAUUCUAAAGUGCAUUCGUAGUAUCUGCGGACCCACCGCCUGUCGCCACGAGUCCGGGUUGUAGAGCGUCACGACGCCCAUGAGCGUAACGAAGCCGCCCAGUCCGCAGAGCCAGUGUCGCAGUGCCUGGUACUUGGGGAUGUGCGGCGCGUCGAAGUCAAUAAGCGUCUCGGGGGCGACGCCGUCGUUCCAAACCAGUUCCGCUUCUUCGUGCAGCGGCUGGGCCGGCGUCUUGAUGCGCGCGAAUGGCGGUGGAGGGGGACGGUGAGCGUGGCCACCGCGCGUGGCCAGCGCCUGGCGACGCACAUUGGCGCUGAGGCCGCCACGGAGGGCGUGGCUGAGCGUACGGGAGCUCAUGAUCUAGGUAGACUAGGAAGACAACGGGCGGCUCUGCUGCGUCUGGACUACCAGAAUGUGACAUCGCUUUUGAUUGGCUAAAUUAUCUUACAACCAAUCAAAGGCUGAUUAUUGUUUUGAAUUGUGAAGGUGAAUGAAAA